GUAUAUCACAUGGCAAGCCGUCGUACGGAAGGAGCAACGCGAUUUUGUUGUUCUUUUCUUCUUUUACAAAUUUACACCGCAACAUAUAGUGGGAUUUGAAAAUUAGUACCAGUCGUGCAAGAGCCAUGUUUUUCACUGGAAGUGCAGGGUUUGUGCGACUGUAGCGACUGCAUUACAAUGACAAACCACUUUGAUUCAGUGUGUGCUGCAUACAGAUGUCUGCUGAGGGGGUCAUGUCCCAGCCAAAGCCCCGGGGACCUGGCAGCUGCAGUAGUGCCAGGGCUGUGCGGUGUGGUGCCUGUGCGGGACAGACACUCGGACUGUCCCUGCCAGUCAAAGGGCAGCUCGGAUUCCCAGUCCUGCAGUGUGACCAGCUCUGAGCUGAGCUGCGUGACUCUGACCCUGCUGGACAAAAUAAGCUCCAGCCUCAUGUCUCAAAGCAUGCCUCCAGAAGUCAGCUCCUACCUCAUGGAAGUCCACAGGGUGCUCAAUCAGGAGAUGCAUGUCAUGGCCAAACUUGUUCAUCAGUUCCGGGCAGAGGACCAGUUGAUCUCUCACCUGGCUGCAAAAACUGUAUCGACUUAUAUUGUGUGUGAGCUUCAGAUGUCUGGUACACUGAAUCCCGUUUGGCAACAGACGUGUGUGCAAGUGUUUCACAAGCCGUCCCCCUGUAAUGAACUGGAGGCCUGCAUGUGGUCGCUAACCGAUGUCUUAAAAAAGCUUCUCAAGGGCUGCCAUGAAGAGAUCCUAGGGAGGCUUCUUGCAGCUUUUGACCCGAGCCUCAGUGCUUUAUACUCAACGUUUCUCCCUCAAGAGAGCACCGAGCUGAGGCAGUGUGAGGUGGAUUUCACCAACACGGGGCACUGGGAAACAACUGCCUGCGCCCUCCUGGACCUGCUGGAGGUGCUGACUGCAUCCAGGUUGACAUGCCCAGCCGGCGUCAGUCUGCAGAGCCAGAGGCUGACCGUCAUUCAUGCCUCAGCCCUCCUGAGAAUGGCCGACUCUUCCCUCAAGUAUUUUGUGAAGAAGCGCGUGCUGCUGCUCCUGAAGAACACCCUGCUUCACAAGGCUGGAGAGGACGCGGCCUCAGGAGCGCCGUCGGCCUCGGGCCCGACAGACAAGCUCUUGAGCGCUGAUAUGAUGGCGUUGGCUGACAGCGUAUUACAAGCCCUGAGUGCUAAUUGGUUGCAGCGUGUGGAAGUGGAGGCUGCAGCUUCCUUCUUUGGCGGAAGCAGCCGAGCACGAGGCGACGGAGGUCAGAAACCAGACUACGUGAUGCUCCGAGCCGUCAGCCUGCUUGUUCUCAAAGCGAUGGAGUUGAAAAUCCUGUCGGCUGGUGGAGCAGAAGGUGUGGGCUGCGCUGUGGAAGUGCACGGCUAUCUGCUGGCUCUGUCAGGCUUCUUGAGGCAGCGAGGAGUCCCACUGAAGGAGGCCUCCCACCGCUGCUGCUGGUUCAGCCUGCUGUUUGGAGAGCAGGAUGACGACAUGAUGGAGGCGGCCAAGGCUUUGCUCUCCAUGUUCCAACACCACAGACGAUCCUCUGGGUUGCAUGGUGUUGCUGCAGCGGAGGCAGCCUGUGCCUCAGGGGGCAACCCUCACUGCCACUUCCUGCUCCUGCUCCACAACAUCUCCUUUGACCACAGCAUCCUCCUGGACUUCCUGAUCUCCAGUGAAACUUGCUUUCUGGAAUAUUUUGUGCGUUACCUGAAGCACCUCAGAGCCGACUGGGCGGGCUUCACCUUUGCUUGCCAAAGAAUAGAGGUUUCAGACCGUCAUCAUGCACUCACUGCCCUGUGUGAUGGUGAUGCAGCGCCGCUGUCAGACAAGCAUGAGACAGGGACCUGGUUUGGGCAAGACCAGGUCCAAUCCAACCUCAGUGUCCAGCCUACAGCUUUGACACCAGCAGGGGAUGAUUGCAGUUUGACGCGUGGGCUCCGACUUGUAGACUACGGCAGCUCAGAAGAAUCGGAUAUAGAGGACAUGGAUGUUUCAGAAGAUUCACAGGAAACUGGGAGGGGAAACAUGGGGCCAGGGCUCUCUGUUUCAGAGGAAGGUAGGUUGAGUGGCUUGGCUGUGAAGCAGGCUACGAGUGGACUGCCAGUAUUCACUGCACAGGCAGAAUGCAAGCCAUCUGACUCAACAGCACGGGCACAGACUGAGCCUAGCUCCGCGCUGGAGAGAGGAACAAGAGGGUUGUAUCCGCUGGCAUCACAGAGUGGGCAAACAUCAUGUCCAAACACCACACCUCUGUCAAGACGGAUGCCUCACCCGGGCUCUGAAACGUGCACCAGAGCGGUCUUGUGCCUGUCAGAGCUCAGAGAGGUUGUGAUGAGACUGCAGAUGAAGAAACUCUUCCCGUAUAACCCUUUGUCUCUUUUAAAGCUCCUGGCACAAAUUGAAACGCUGAACUGUUCUCACAAUCCAUCAGAAGGUAAUAAAUGAUAAAUUC